AUGUCCCCUCCCGACCCCGAAGUCAAGGGUGUAUCCACCGGCAAGAAUGUCGUCAUGGCCUCUCGUGGGCGUGCCCCUUGGUACACUCCCGACGGCAAGGUAGUCCCUGCCUAUGUGAUCGGCAUCGCUGGAGGAAGCUCGUCGGGGAAGACCUCCGUCGCCAAGGCUAUCAUGUCAGCUCUGAACCACAUCCCCACAGUCCUCAUCCUUAGCCAGGACGCCUUCUACAAGCAGCACACCGAGGAAGAGAUUCAGCAGGCUUACAAUAAUGACUUUGACUUUGGUGAGCUUCCUGAUUCUGCUUCUGUAACUGACCACAGACCACCCAAACUCUAUCGACAUGGAGCUGUUCGCCGAGCGUAUGCCGGAGAAGCAGUAUCUGUACGGAGCAAGCGUGAUCAUCGUGUGAGUAGCUGGGCGUUCCUCUUUCAGAAGCUGACGAGCAGAGAGGGCAUUAUGGCUCUGCAGGACCCGAAGAUGCGCGACUUGUAUGACCUUAAGAACUGUGACUCGGACCUUAUGCUCGCCCGUCGCAUCCGGCGCGACACGGCCGAGCGCGGUCGCGAUGUUGUCGGCAUUCUCGACCAGUACCUGCGCUUCGUGAAGAACAGCUACGACAACUUUGUCCAGCCUUCCUCGCGUUAUGCCGAUAUUGUAAGCUCAAAGAUUGCCAUCGAGCUACUUGUGUCCCACAUUCACCGCCAGCUCGAUGCGCGCACGCUCAGCUUCCGCCGCGACCUGGCCAAACAUGCGCACCACAUCGUUGAGGACUUCGCUGCCGAGAAGCACAUCAAGCUGCUGCCACAAACGAGCCAGCUUAUCGGUAUCAUGACUAUCCUCCGUGACGAGCGCACCCCUCGCUCCGAGUUCAUCUUCUACACCGAACGUCUCGCCACGCUGAUUGUCGAGCAUGCGCUCAACUUCCUCCCGCACCAGCACAAGGAGAUCCGCACACCGACCGGCGUCCAGCACGUCGGCAUGGGCAACUGCGAGGAGUCCAUCAUCGGUAUCACGAUCCUGCGCUCUGGCGGACCAUUCUCACACGGUCUCCGCCGCGUCAUCCGUGAUGUGCCGCUGGGCAGCAUGCUGAUCCAGUCGGACCCGAAGACGGGCGAGCCGCUGCUGCUCUCGACCUCCCUUCCCGAUUCGCUUCACAGCCAGGCGGAGGCGAAGACGAAGCAGGUUUUCCUCCUCGACUCGCAGAUGGGCACGGGUGCCGCGGCGCUCAUGGCCGUCCGCGUGCUCCUCGACCACGGCGUUCCCGAAUCCAACAUCACGAUCCUCGCCUUCCUCGUCUCCCGCCACGCCGUAGCGACGCUGCAUCGCACAUUCCCCGGCGUGCGAGUCGUGACCGCGGCACUCGACACGGGUCUCAGCGAGCUCAAGAUCUCGUUCCAGUCCCUGUCCACUUCGAGCGGGGAGGGCCUGUCUGAGGGUGACUUCGCGGCUCGACUCGUCAAGAGCGAGCAUAUUGAGGAUAUCUCGCCUGAGGACGGAAUGGGUACGAGACGGAGUGGGGAGAGACAUAGGGGUGGUAUGGCGGAGAAGGAGGUCGAGAAGGUCGCUUGGGUCGUUACCCCCGGCAUGGGACAUAUUGGAGACAGGUACUACCUUGCUUAG